AUGCCUUCGGCUUUGCACAUGCCCAGGAAAGUGAAGGAUUUGCUCUUGCCCGUCUUGCCAUCGGCCAAAAUAGAUGGCUAUGUCAUUGCCAACCCUUUGUCUGGAACGGCAUUUGGCGUGGCUGUCCCUGAUGUGGAGAUCGUGGUCCUUUCAACACAGGCCACAGGGGCGGAAGCCUCGAAGUACCAGAAGUCUUUGAUCCGCACCUGCACCGAUCGCCUGGUGACGGGCGGCUUCAAGUUUCGUCGCUCCGCCUUUCGCGGCCACGAGCCGAAGGUGACCUUGAUCUCCCCGCCGCAAAGUGGCCAGGCAGGAAUCCCCUUCAACCUGGCAGUGAACGCAGCGACCCCCGCGCGUGCUGAGACCAUUUUCCAAGCAUGUGAAAAGAACUCCAGCUGUGCCUCGCAGCUGAUGCUGUGGCUCAGUAGAACUGGGAUCGUGGCAUCAGCCACGCUGCUAAGGGCCAUUUGUCUCCGUACUGCUGGAUGCUUUUGGCCAUCUACUACCUUCAGGAGGUCGGGGCUUUGA